AUGGCGGCCGGGCGAAUCCAACAGGAGUUGUUUGUUUANGAAUCGGUCCGCCGGGCCAUUCAGAAAGAGCUGAAAAUCAAGGAAGGGGCUGAGAAUUUGCGGAGGGCGACCAAGGACAAGAAGAAUUUGGCCCAUGUGGAGACGGCGCUGAAGUCGUCCAGCCAGAAGUUGGAGCAGUUGAAUUGCCAGCUCCAAACACUCCAAGCACGGAUUGUUACUGGGGAGAGAAACAGUGGCCAAGCAGGUGGGAUGUGGAAGUGGCCACCCGACCUCAAGCUUUGGGAAAAAGAUCCCAACCACGUUUCAAAAAGGCUGGAAGCGUUGAAGAAGCAGCUUCACAUAGAGCUGAAAGUGAAGCAGGGAGCUGAGAACAUGAUCCAGGUCUAUUCCAGCACAGCGAAGGAGCGGAAACUCCUGGCCGUUGCUCAGCAAACGUUUCAGGACAGCAAGACAAAACUCGAGCUGAUCCGGAUGGAGAUGCUGAAGCUCUCCCAGGCGACGGACGCGCCAGGGGUGGGAGGCAGGCCCCCCCUCUUACUUCUGGAGCUGCGUCUCGAAGAACUGAGGCAUCGCCUGCACAUUGAAGCGGCGGUGGCCGAGGGAGCCAAAAACGUGGUGAAGAUCCUCAGCGGACGGCGGGUGCAAGACCGGAAGAUGGUGGCAGAGGCACAGGCCUGUCUGCAGGAAUCCUCCCAAAAGAUCGAUCUGUUCCGACUGGCUCUUGAACACCUUCUCAGCCAACUUUCUCCAGAUCACCCGAAACGGGGGCUGAUCAAGCAAGAGCUGACAGACACUUUCUCCCUCGGGGUCCAACAGUUGUCCCCGACUUUGAUCAAGCCCCCGGCUCUCACAGGUGGCCUUCUGGUCCGUUUGGUGGGCUGUGAAGACCUCUUGGAGAAGAUCCCAGGCCGUUCCCGUGUGGCCACUUCCGCGCCUGUUUACACGAGCUCUGGUGACUUCAAGCUCUUGACCCGGACAUGGGCUGGCGUCAACCUCCCCGGCCGGGGGGCUGCGGGGAAGCUCCUUCGCCAGGAGGAACUCAGCCGAGACGUCCUUGCCGUUCUCAAGGUCGACAACAAAGUUGUGGGUCAGACAAACUGGGGGCCGGUUGGCCGGCAAGCGUGGAACCAGACUUUUGCUGUUGAGUUGGAGCGAUCUCGGGAGCUGGAGGUCUCCGUUUAUUGGCAUGACUGGCGCCAGCUCUGCGGGGUGACAUUUGUGCGUCUGGACGGCUUCCUCGACAACGCCAGCCACAACCUGGCUGUUCCUCUCGAACCCCGGGGGAGGCUCUUCGUAGAGGUGACGUUCAGCCAGCCGGUCGUUGAGACCCACGCCAAGCUGCAACGCCAGAAGCGCAUUUUCCCUAAACAGAAAGGGAAAGAGUUCCUCCGAGCUUCUCAGAUGAACGUCAACAUUGCCACCUGGGGACGCCUGAUGAUGAGCCUCCUGCCCCCUUGUAGUUCCUUCAGCGCUUCCAGCCCCCCUUUCCGGGGGUCUCUGCAUCCAGAUGUUGGCUCUGCAGCUGCUGCUGAGGACAGCCCGGGGCCCUGCGCGCCCAGGCCCCCCCUCUUACUUCUGGAGCUGCGUCUCGAAGAACUGAGGCAUCGCCUGCGCAUUGAAGCGGCGGUGGCCGAGGGAGCCAAAAACGUGGUGAAGAUCCUCAGCGGACGGCGGGUGCAAGACCGGAAGAUGGUGGCAGAGGCACAGGCCUGUCUGCAGGAAUCCUCCCAAAAGAUCAAUCUGUUCCGACUGGCUCUUGAACACCUUCUCAGCCAACUUUCUCCAGAUCACCCGAAACGGGAGCUGAUCAAGCAAGAGCUGACAGACACCUUCUCCCUUGGGGUGCAACAGUUGUCCCCGACUUUGAUCAAGCCCCCGGCUCUCACAGGUGGCCUUCUGGUCCGUUUGGUGGGCUGUGAAGACCUCUUGGAGAAGAUCCCAGGCCGUUCCCGUGUGGCCACUUCCGUGCCUGUUUACACGAGCUCUGGUGACUUCAAGCUCUUGACCCGGACAUGGGCUGGCGUCAACCUCCCCGGCCGGGGGGCUGCGGGGAAGCUCCUUCGCCAGGAGGAACUCAGCCGAGACGUCCUUGCCGUUCUCAAGGUUGACAACAAAGUUGUGGGUCAGACAAACUGGGGGCCGGUUGGCCGGCAAGCGUGGAACCAGACUUUCGCUGUUGAGUUGGAGCGAUCUCGGGAGCUGGAGGUCUCCGUUUAUUGGCACGACUGGCGCCAGCUCUGCGGGGUGACAUUUGUGCGUCUGGACGGCUUCCUCGACAACGCCAGCCACAACCUGGCUGUUCCUCUCGAACCCCGGGGGAGGCUCUUCGUAGAGGUGACGUUCAGCCAGCCGGUCGUUGAGACCCACGCCAAGCUGCAACGCCAGAAGCGUAUUUUCCCUAAACAGAAAGGGAAAGAGUUCCUCCGAGCUUCUCAGAUGAACGUCAACAUUGCCACCUGGGGACGCCUGAUGAUGAGCCUCCUGCCCCCUUGUAGUUCCUUCAGCGCUUCCAGCCCCCCUUUCCGGGGGUCUCUGCAUCCAGAUGUUGGCUCUGCAGCUGCUGCUGAGGACAGCCCGGGGCCCUGCGCGCCCAGGAGGACGGCUCCGCAGCUGGAAGACUUCUGCUGUAUGGCGGUGCUUGGCAGGGGCCAUUUUGGAAAGGUCCUGCUCGCCCGUCACAAGGCCACCAAGAAGCUCUUUGCCAUCAAAGCCCUGAAGAAGCAGGAGAUAAUUAGCCGGGAUGACCUGGACAGCUUGUAUUGUGAGAAACGUAUUUUCGAAGUCAUCAACUCUUCCGGCCAUCCCUUCCUGGUCAACAUGUUUGCCUGUUUCCAGACUUCCAGUCACGUGUGUUUCCUGAUGGAUUACGCCCCCGGCGGGGACCUCAUGAUGCACAUUAGCUUCAACAAUUUCUCUGAAGACACCACUCGGUUCUACUCGGCCUGCGUUGUCUUAGGACUUCAAUUCUUGCACGAGAAAGCCAUUGUUUACAGGGACCUGAAAAUGGAUAACCUGCUCCUGGACGCCGAAGGGUUCGUGAAGAUCGGGGAUUUUGGGCUCUGCAAGGAAGGGGUCGGUUUCGGAGACCGGACCAGCACCUUCUGUGGCACCCCGGAGUUCCUGGCUCCGGAAAUUUUGACGGAUCCGUCCUACACCCGGGCGGUGGACUGGUGGGGGCUGGGCGUGCUCAUUUUUGAGAUGCUGGUGGGAGAGUCUCCGUUCCCCGGUGACAACGAAGAGGAGAUGUUUGACAGCAUCAUCAGCGAAGAGGUUCGUUUCCCGCGGUUCCUCUCCGAGACCAGCACUUCGCUUAUGCACAAGCUUCUCCAAAAGUGUCCCGAGCGACGUCUCGGAGCGGGAGCCAAAGACGCCGAAGAGAUUCAAACUCACCCUUUUUUCAAGGAGAUGGACUGGGAUGCCCUUUUUUCCCGGAAUCUCAAACCACCCUUGGUGCCCAUCCUAAAAAGUGCCACCGACGUCGGCAACUUUGACAAGGAGUUCACGUCUCAAAAGCCUGUCCUCACGCCUCCCGGGGACGCCCUCCCUCUCUCUGUCGAGGAACAAGCCCGGUUUAAAGAUUUUGACUUCCUAUCCCAACACUUCCUGAAUGUCUGA